CCUGGAAAAGGCUUGUAGAAGAAGCCCAGUUUAUGCAGGGAAACCUUCAUGUAUCUUGUUUGACUGCAUUGUUAAAGAACAUGGCAUUGAUCCUUCCAGGACUUGUAUGGUUGGGGACACAAACRACAGCCUGGGACUAAUAGUCUCUUUUCGGUGCUCCUGCCCAGUUUCUCUCGUUCUCAGGAUUCAAAAUGGCGGCUCCAGUGGCAAAAAUCGCACUUAGAAGCCCUGGAGGAGUUUUUAUGGUCGAUGGAAGCUCUCCAUUCAAAGAGUCUGGAAAAUUCGAGAGGGAUACUUCACCAAGAUGUGGGGUGAUGACGUUCAGUCGGGAUGGGUCCUUGUUUGCUUGGUGUAAUUCGUCAUGCAUAACCAUUGUUAACACGGCUGAUGGACAAGUGAUACAAAAAAUUCCAAGAGCCAAAACAAGUCAACUCCGCUUUUCACCAUUGGGUACAUAUCUAUCGUCAUGGGAACCAUAUGCAGUGACGAAAGAAAAUCCAGCUGGAAUAAAAAAUCUUGAAAUAUGGGAAGUGAAAACUGGGAAUCUGAUGACCUCAUUUUCACAGAAGAAACUUGAGACAUGGGAACCACGCUGGACUGAUAAUGAAAAAGUGUGUGCAAGAUCUGUAACCAAUGAGGUUCAUUGUUUUCAUGAUGGCAACUUUGGUACCAUCGCUGCCAAGUUAAGACUACAGGGGGUUGGAAGCUUUGAGAUUUCUAGAGGUCCAGCACCAUACACUAUAGCUGCCUAUGUACCUGGAGCAAAGGGAGCUCCAGCCUACGUCAGGCUUUACAGACAUCCACAGUUUGACAGUCCUGGAGCUGUUCUUGCCAACAAAAGUUUCUUUAAAGCAGAUAGUGUGAAUAUUAAAUGGAAUGACAAGGGUACUGCAGUUCUUGUACUAGCCAUCACUGAUGUAGACAAAUCUGGUGCAUCAUAUUAUGGUGAACAGACUCUACACUACAUCAAUACUAGUGGAGAAAGCAGUAUGGUACAGCUAGCAAAGAGAGGUCCUAUAUAUGAUGUGAAAUGGAGCCCAAAUUCCAAGGAAUUUGGUGUCGUAUAUGGCUUUAUGCCGGCCAAGGCAACAUUGUUUGAUAUCAAGUGCGAGCCUAUUUUUGACUUUGGUACUGGACCUAGAAAUGAGAUUCACUACAAUCCACAUGGAAAUAUUGUCUGUGUCUGUGGGUUUGGAAAUCUACAAGGCUGGAUGGAAAUGUGGUCCCGAAAGGAUUUGAAAAUGAUCAACAAAUUCCAGGCCUCUGAUACAACGAUGUUUGAGUGGAGUCCUGAUGGAGAGCAUAUCCUAACAGCUACGACAGCCCCCCGACUCAGGGAGGGAAAUGGUUUUAAAGUAUGGCACUACUGUGGAAGUCUUCUGUACAAGAAAGAUAUCCCUGAACUUUAUCAGGCAUUGUGGCAGCCAUUCCCAGUAGGUGUAUUUCCUGAGAAGCCUGUUUCUUUUAAUAAAGCUGCUUCCUCCAUGGCUGUUGCUCAAUCACCUCAACCCAAGGCUGCAUACAUCCCUCCCAGUUUGAGAGGAACAGGAAUGAAAACAAUAAAACUGCAUGAARUUGAACCACCCCAAAACAAGAAGAACCAAGAACCAGUCUCCAAAUCAGCUGCAAAGAACAAGAAGAAGCGAGAAGCAAAGGCUAGAGCAAAGGAAACUGAGCAAGUAGCAAAUCAGGUUUUAGCUACAUCAGGACCACCAGCACCAACCAGUGCUCCAUCACAACCUGUAGCUAUAGCUGAUGACAAGAAACUAAGAAAUCUGAAAAAGAAAUUAAGGCAAAUUGAGGACCUUAAAGAAAGUCAAAAAGCUGGACAGAAGCUGGAAGCAAAUCAGCUUGAAAAGAUGAAAGCAGAGGCAUCAUUAAUAAAAGAGAUUGAGGCAUUGGAACUGAGUAGAUGACACGAGUUACAAAUAAUAAUAAUAAUAAUAAUAAUAAUAAUACUACAAAUAUAUUGUACAUGUUAAAAUUUUCUGUAUUAGUCUACUGGACUAUUUUCAUAGGUUAGCAUUCGUUCACAUUGGCCAAAAUGACCUUUUGAAUUAUAAAACAUUAGAAUGAGGCAGUAUUUAUUGUUUCACAGUCAAAGGUCCUUUUGGCGUGAGAACRAAUGCUUACCAUUUUCAUUGGUUUUGAAAUAUUUUGACAAUUUUAGAAUUGGACUUCCUGUGGAUAAGGAUAAAGGAAAACCCAACUCUAAAAUUGUUCAUACAAGGUUUAGUAGGAACAAUAAAAACAACUUUUAACUUUA